CCAAAAUCAGAGAAAUUGGAUACCCCCUGGUAUGGGACCAGAAGGAUUCCCUCAUAAUGGCCCUCCAGGACCUCUGGAUCACCAAAAUCAGAUGAAUAGGAUACCCCCUUGUACGGGACCAGAAGGAUUCCCUCAUAAUGGCCCACCAGGACCUCUGGAUCACCAAAAUCAGAUGAAUAGGAUACCCCCUAGUAUGGGACCAGAAGGAUUCCCUCAUAAUGGCCCUCCAGGACCUCUGGAUCAACAAAAUCAGGUAAAUUGGAUACCCCCUGGUAUGGGACCAGAAGCAUGCCCUCAUAAUGGCCCACCAGGACCUCUGGAUCACCAAAAUCAGAUGAAUAGGAUACCCCCUAGUAUGGGACCAGAAGCAUUCCCUCAUAAUGGCCCACCAGGACCUCUGGAUCACCAAAAUCAGAUGAAUAGGAUACCCCCUGGUAUGGGACCAGAAGCAUUCCCUCAUAAUGGCCCACCAGGACCUCUGGAUCACCAAAAUCAGAUGAAUAGGAUACCCCCUAGUAUGGGUCCAGAAGCAUUCCCCUAUAGUACUGUUCCAAUUGGAUAUCGAGAAAUAUUGAUUAAUCCUCAGUUCCCAGCAGUUCCAACACAGCCUCUUCCACAUAUUGCUGCUCCUCAGCGAGUUACAGCUAUUCAGGGUGCCAUUGCCCAUCCAGAACCUACUCAACAAGGCAUUGCUCAUCAAGGGGUCCAAUCCCAGGAUCCCUGCAUUGCUGGUUGCACAGCCCCAGUCACGCCAACCAAAGCAGCAGGAUCAGUGCCCACUUCUUUACCUUCAGUUUCAGUGACACCAGUGUCUGAAGUAUCAGCUGCUGUUCCUUCAGUGACACCAGUGGCUAAAGUAUCAGCUGCUGUUCCUUCAGUGACACCAGUGUCUGGAGUAUCAACUGCUGUUGCUUCAGUGACACCAGUGUCUAAAGUAUCAGCUGCUGUUCCUUCAGUGACACCAGUGUCUGAAGUAUCAGCUGCUGUUCCUUCAGUGACACCAGUGGCUAAAGUAUCAGCUGCUGUUCCUUCAGUGACACCAGUGUCUGGAGUAUCAACUGCUGUUCCUUCAGUGACUAAGGUAUCAGUUGCAGUUCCGUCAGUGACACCAGUGUCCAAGGUAUCAGCUGCUGUUCCUUCAGUGACACCGGCGUAUGAAGCAUCACCUGCUGUUGCAGGGAGUUGCACCAUCCAAGCACCACCAAGAUUAAAAACAGUAAUGAAAGGUCACCUUGUUGUUCAAGAUAUGGAGACUGAUAUGAAUGAGAGUCAAGCUAGAACACUCUUGCAGGAAUUUGGAGAGCUGGGAGAAAUGAAAUGGCCUCUAAACCAAAAGGACAAGCCUGCACGAUUUCUCAUGAUCAAUUACAUGCAACGAAAACAUGCUGAGAGGGCCGAACGCAUUCUUAAUUACCUCAAAGUUUUUGGUGGCAACUCCCAAGUGAAACUGGUUGGUGGAGAUCCAAAAGGACGUGCAUCUGACCUUGAGAGUGAAGAUUUGGAGCUGCUGCUGAAUAUUCAUGAAGUCUUGAACAGAAUUAAAAAGGAGAACUUAAAGAACAAUGUGCAGGAGAUUCCUUUGCCCACACAAACAUCACACAACACACCAGAACCUGUAAUGGCUGAUAAUGUAAAGCCACUUCUUGCACCUGUAACACCUGGACUCACCAUAGUCGUCAGCAAUUUCACAGACAUUGUGCCAGUGAAGGAUGUUAAUGAGAUGUUUGUGGAAUUGGGAGCUUGUGGCCAGGGUGUCCUCAUACAAAAUGCUCUCCACUUCACUUUUAAAGGAGAUUCAGCAGUGGUAAAUUCAUUGUCAGGUUAUCGGUUUCCUGAUAAGAAGAUGGAAGUAAUUGUCAAGGACUCUGCUAAUGAAAUAAAACCUACCAAAAAACCUCUGAAGGAGGUGAAAGCCACGAUUGAGGCACCUCUCUCAAAGUUGAUGAAGAAAAUUGGAGAUGUCUUGAAAGAAGAGAUAAAUAAUGAGAUGAAUGUUUACACAUUCAAGACACGCUCAUGUAGAUAUGCAGAUGGAUGUAAAGCAAAAGAUCUUUGUCUUAAAUUCCAUGAUGCUGGAGAUCGACGUAGGUGCCUACUCCUUCAUAGAUACAGUGAUGAGAUGUGUUCAGAUUUGGAAGAGUCAGGUUCCUGUGAAGCUAAAGACAAAUGCUCCAGUGCACAUUCACCAUUGGAGAUCCUGUUCCACUACAAGAACUUCAGAUCAAGUAUAUGUCCUGGCUGGCAACAAAAUCGUGCUUGUGACAAGGUUGGAAGAGUUUGCUCGUAUGUACAUCCAGAAAAACCAGAAAUGCUGUAUAACAAUAAGUGGGACAACUUGUAUGUUGAAGGAUUAAAGAGGACACUAAAUUAUCUGGCUGAAGCUGUCAAAAAUUUAUUCCUCGUGAAAGGCUUGCAAUGUCUUCAAGUUUUGUUAAUUACGGUAUCACCUGAACUGGCUAAGCUGUAUGUGGAUUGUAUAAGAGAACUGGCAAAAUGCUGCAAGCAAAAAGUUUCCUACUCAGCUGGAGAUACUGUUGAAAAGGGUACUACGGUGCUCAUCACCACAUUAAAUGCUUUGCGCCAAUUAUUGAAUGUAAAUAACCCACGCCAAUCCAAGAAGUUGGAUACUACUAGACUCAAGGCCUUAAUUUUAGAUGAUGGACCAGCUCUGCUUAAAAAUUGCCCUAAGUUUAUCCAGAACUACUUGGCAGACCUUACUAGGAAAGAUGUGAAUGUAGUUAUUACAGCAGCCAAAAUUUCAAAUAAGGAAGUUAAAGAUACUCAGGAUAAGAUACAUCCUAGCGGUGUUUUUAAGAAAAUAUUUGUAGAAUCUCUCAAGAAAAAGGAUUCCAAACCUUGUUCAUCUGCAAAGUCAGGUUCAUAUAAGAUUGAUGUGCUAGAGAGAAUGAUUGCUUCCACAAGGUCCUCAGAUACGAAAAAGACGUCAGAAGGACAGAGUUCUAAAAACAAGACAGACAAAGCAUUGGAAAGUAAGAGUUCAUCAAAGGAGAAGACAAGUACCACUGUGUCCUCCUCAAGGGGAUCUAGCAGUAGAUCAUCAUCUUCAAAGGAUUCCUCAUCCUCCAGUCGGAAUUUGGAUGAAAGAAUCAAGACCCUGGCUGCACUGGAAAUUCAGUACCAGAAGGCUUUGGCUGAAAUGGACGAGGAACAAAAACAAGAGCUUGAGCUGUACACCAGUUCACCAGAGUUUCAUCCUGAGUUUGAGCAAAAGUAUUCCAUCUUCAUGGAGCAGUACAAUGCUCAUUGCCCUGAUAGAAGUGAUGUGGAACAUGCUAAUAAGCUGUGGGGAGAAUUCUGGAAAAACCUGCUCACAUUACAACUUCAAGAAGAAUAUAACGCCAAGAAACAAGACUUGAAAAAUGAAUACCAGGAUAAAAAAGAAAAGGCAUAUAAAGGUAAAGGUACUCUUAGUCAGGACUCCAGAGAAAAAGAAAACAAACAGGAUGAUACCAAACAAGAAAGGAGAUCCAGUGAGUCACAGAAACGAAAAUCCUCUACCGACAACAGGGAUAAUCAUAGGGAGAAAUAUCGUAGGGAUGAGAGAAGUUCAGAUGUAGGUAGGAGGAGAAUGAAUCAGAACAGAAAUGAAGACAGUUAUAAAGGAAGAAGGCAACAGUACAGCAGAAGUGAAUUCUCAAGGGAUAGUCUUGGAAGGGGACAUCAAUACCAUGGCCAUGAGAAGUCAAGUAGGUAUGGUGGAAUGCAGCAAAACUCCAACAAAGAGGAAUUUAACAAAGGAAGAACGAAGAAGUCGAGUUCCGUUGUGGGUAGUAAAGAAAGCAGUACUGACAUGCAAGAAACUAUUCACAUAUUAAAAAAAUUGUGCCCCUCUCUUGGUGUGGUGGGUUCUGCAGCCCAACUCCUUAUGAGCAAGAUAUCUAUUUGUUCGUGUGAUAGACAGGAACUCAGUAAAUUGGUGCAAGAUGAUGACAAUAAGAUGAUUUUGAUGAUGCUUUUAGAAAAAGCUCAAGCAAUGAAGUUAAGAUUGCCAAGUAAUCAUGUUCUAACACUUCUGAAUCUAGCUUCAUUGCCUGCAGAGAAACCUAAGUAUUAUGGGCUAAACAUUGAGAAUAUUGCCAAGAUGACAUAUAAUAUGGAUCCAUCUUAUAUUGUUCAGUGCAUUAAAAAUGCUCUGACUGCACAGGGUAUCAAUAAUGCGUCAGAGAAGGAUGUUUCUGACAUAUAUGCAGCUGUAACUUCUGCACACUUUGAUAUAGCCUGCAGUAAGUCCGGGGAAGGAGCCCAACCUAAAACUCAAGAAAGUAGACAAGGAGACAGUGGAUCAUUGAAAAGAGUAAGUUCGGGUUGGAGUGAUGAUGAUGAUGAUGAAGGCAGUAGGCCUUUUAAAAGGGGUGAAGGAUCUUGGUCAGGAAGAGUUUUGGAGGUAAAUUCAAGCAAUGUCACACAAGGCAGACAACCAGGUGGGAGGAAUGAGUUAGGGGGUUAUGGUUCAGGUAAACAGUUUGGUGCAGGUAGUAAUAGUAGUAGUAAUAUGGAAUUUAGUACGUUAGGAAACCUUUCCUCUCUUGUUGAAAAUUUCAACAGUCAGCAGGGUAAGUCAUCAGGGCAGCAAGGAAACAAAGAGGACUUAGUAGGCAUGAUGGAGUUUUUAUCACAGUUAUAGUAAUUACUUGGAUAAUUUAGUACUUUGGAAAGACAAAGCAUUGAAACUGAUAGUUCAAAAAAUUUAUGUGAGGUGCAUUUUGUUUUUAUACUUUGGCUUUUCCAGUUUGCCCAGUUUUUUUUGUCAUUUAAGGUUACAACCAAAAAUUAUUUUAUGACAAUGAGAGUAUUUCCUCGUAAUAUGUAUACCAAAUGAUAAUUUUGCCCCUUUGCUGUUCAACAUGUAGUAUUUCAAGAAAUUUAUAUGAAAGCAAAUUUGAGAGUAAGUUAAACCUUGUUGUAUAUUACUAACUUAUUUAACUUAGUUAGUGUGCAUGUUGUCUUUCAAAAAUUCUUGAAAGCAGGAGAAUACUUACUGUCAAAUGUGUCAGGUGGUUUACCAGCUUUGAACAGCAAUGUAUAUCAAUAUGUGAAACAAAUUGUAGACAAAUAUUGUGAAAAAAUUUUCCAUUUAUCCAGUUAUUGGAUUUUUAAGGAGUUCCAGUAUAUUGCAAUAUAUUUGUUAGGACUUCCAAUGAGUGAAAGAAUAUUAAUACAUUCUGAUUAAAGUGAUGUCUGAAACAAGACAGGUGGAAAGUGAGAUACACCACAUCAUUAUGAAGUCUUGUUCUUUUAUGAGAAUGUGGAAGAAUAAUAGUAUGAGAUCUAAGAUAGCUUCAUUCAAUCUUAUUUGCAUACUCUUGAUGUUUGGCAAGAAUUUUCUAUUUGUAAUUUACUAUUCAAAAGUAUCACAAAUAGACAAAUAGUACCUUCCAGCUUGGAAGAUUUAUGUAGAUUUUCUCAUAGUUUGUAUCAGAAGAGAAUGAUUAUCACUGAAGCAUUUCAUCCAUAUUAUUAAAGAAAAUAAUUUGUUAGCAUGCUUCAAGGCAGAGUAGUUGAUGAUUUGCCAUCUUUAGUUAAAUAUUUCAUAUGCAUUGCCAUGGCUGUACAACUGCUGAAAAUGUACUUUUACAACUAAUAUAAGUACGUACAUAGUAUGAGACUGGGAUAUAUUUAUGCCCGAUAUUUUUUUGUAUUGCUGAAACUUUAGUGAGAAUUGGUGUUAUACUGCUAAGGCACACACAGUUUUUUGAAAUCUGGUUAUCUGGAAUGAAGUUUGUAGUAGUUUUUUUUUUUUU